AUGGAGCUCAUCAACCCUUCUUGUCUCAGCUUUGCUGGUGAUUUUAAUACACAGAUGAAAGAAGUAAUAAAUUAUAUAAAAAUAUCCGAUGAAGAAUGCAAAAACCGAAAAAAAGUCAUGUACGACUUGAAUUCUGUACUUGCAAGCAUAUGUGAAGGAUCUCAGAUGGAGGAAUUUGGAUCGAGUUUAACCGGUCUAGCCCUGAAAAACAGCGACAUAGACUGCUUCGUGAAUAUACCGCGGGAUGUCAGCGAGGAUGCCGUGCAACUCGUAUUACGUACUCAAAAAGCUCUUCUUAAAAAUGAAAAAUUUGUUAACAUAAAUGUAUUCACUAAAACAAAGAUUCCUAAAGUCAAUUUUAAGCACAGGAAAACCAAAAUAUGCUGCGAUGUUACUUUCUCUGGUCGAGGGGCAUUGAAAAAUUCACUUUUACUCCAAUACUUGAUAUCCAGUGAUGAGCGUAUCCGACCUCUGAUGUUUAUAGUCAAAUAUUGGGCUAAAAUCAAGAAAAUCACGGGUAGACGUCUUAUGUCUAAUUACUGUCUUAUAUUGCUGGUAGUAUUCUUUUUACAAAAAGAACGUAUAUUACCAACAAUAGAGUGUCUGCAACUAAAUGUCGAGAUGGUAGAAACAGACUAUUGGAAUACGGAAUUUGCUCGUGUCGUCAAUCUGAACGAUAAUCAGAAAAGUGUAUACAAUUUAUUAGGUGAUUUUUUUCGUUUCUAUUCGACUUUAGAUUUCGAAAAUAAUAUAAUUUCAUUAUAUACGGGUGAUUUAAUAAGGAGAAAAUGUUUCACCAACGUCCAGGAUAUUUCGUCGGUCUACGAGAUUUAUUGGGUAAAUGUUAUGGAACAUAAUCUACCGGGCCUUGUUUUAGAUUCUUCUUUCUGUAUUCAGGACCCUUUCAAUCACGCGCGAAACGCGGGUGUUACUGUGAAACGUCAAACGGCCGAGUUAAUCGUUCAGCUUAUGAAGAAUGCCGCGUCAAUUUAUGAACAUGAAUCUGACGAUUACUUUCUUCCGAAUCUCUUGAAUCCAUAUGGAAAUAAAUCUAGUGGGGAAGCAAGACAACGGCAACAUACGGGCGACAAAAACAAUCUUUAA